UUUAAAUCAGUCCAUGAGAAGAGACUUUCAAAAACAGAUGGAUAUCUCAGAAAGAGCAAAAGAAAAAAUAAAGCUUUCGAUUUUCCUCUCUCUAAAACGUAUUGAGCAUUGAAGGCACACUUUCAACCGCACUGACACACACUUUAAUGCCCCAUAAUCACUGCCUCAGCUGCUCUUACUCUCCAUCUCCCUUCCAAAAUUUGUAUCCGACUCACCAAACACCAGACUUUUUAUCCCUCUGCAUUUAAUCCCGUUUUCUCCGGCGUUCUUUCCCCGAUUUGUUGAGGUAAAAGUCUAAAGAUCGCAUCUUUUUUCGGCCACCGCGUCGAUUUCCGGCAGUAUCUCCGGCUAUCGGAAGUAAAAAACCCGUCUUUGGCAUUUGUUUUUCCGAUUUCAACUUUCAUACACAUGCACUGCUAUUUCUUUCUCCGUCUCUUCACGCCCCGUUUCACAUUUAUUGAGUUAUUAUUCUCUGCAUUUUUAUCACUACCGAAAAUGCUUUUCUGAACCCUAUGCUCUCCAAGCUGGUGAGAGUUUGAAAGUGAAAAAUGUCGAAGCUUGUGAUUUUGGUGACUGUUCUGUUAUUGGUUCCUUUGCUUGCGGUUCAAUCUGCAGACGAAGCCUUAAACGACGACGUACUGGUCUUGAUAGCUGUGAAGUCUGGGCUCAUCGACCCGCAAUCGAAGCUCGCUUCAUGGACCGAGGACGCCGUGGUUCCCUGUAAUUGGGUCGGCGUCACAUGUUAUACUGAAACCGGCGGCGUGUCCGAACUGAAUCUUGAUGGGUUCUCUUUGUCUGGGAACAUAAGCAAAAUCUUGAUUAGGUUGCAGCAACUAAAAGUUCUGCAUCUAUCAAGAAACAAUUUUUCGGGGAACAUAAAUCCUGCCCUAACUCAGAUUCCAGCUCUGGAAAUUCUCGAUUUGAGUGAGAACAGCCUAUCGGGGACGAUGCCUGAAGAACUUUUCCAACAAUGUGGGUCCUUGAAAGAAAUCUCUUUUGCAAGGAACAAUCUAACUGGCAUGGUGCCACAGUCCUUGAGCUCGUGCUCGAAGCUGGAGAAGCUCAACUUGUCGUCCAAUCGCCUUUCAGGUCAGUUACCUUCUGCUUUAUGGUCACUGACUUCCCUCCAAACACUUGAUCUGUCCGGUAAUUGGUUCGAAGGCGAAAUUCCGGGUGAUAUGUGGAGUUUGUAUAAUCUGAGAGCUAUUAACUUCAGUAGAAAUAGAUUUGUGGGCUCGCUGCCUGAAAAUAUUGGAAACUUUUCAUCACUGUAUUCUGUUGAUUUUGGAAGAAAUAAUUUUGUUGGUGGCCUUCCUCUUUCGUUGAAAGAACUAAAACUGUCCUGCAAAUAUCUUGACGUUAGUGAGAAUUUCUUGUCCGGUGAACUUCCGAAUUGGAUUGGAGAGAUGACAAGCUUAGAGUUCUUGGAUCUUUCAGGCAAUAGUUUUUCCGGUAGGAUACCGAGUACCAUAGGCAGUCUCCAAUAUCUGAACCAAGUGAAUUUGUCCAACAAUCGAUUCAUUGGGUACUUACCGGAGUCUUUUAGAUAUUGCUUCAACCUUAAGGUUCUUGCUGUAGAUGGAAAUUUACUUUCUGGUAAUCUGCCUUCAUGGGUUUUCAAUUUAGCUCUAGAGACAAUCUCUCUAUCUGGUAACAGAUACACCGGCAGCAUCAGCUUUCCCGCUUUCUACCUGCAGACGUAUCAAAGCCUGCAGGUCUUAGAUUUAUCAUCCAACAUAUUAACAGGCCAAAUCCCAUGGGGUAUCGGUAAUUUUCGCCGGCUGCAAGCAGUGAAUCUGUCUCGUAAUCUUCUACUUGGCCCCAUUCCCCCAAGUAUUGGUCAGCUAAAUGCAACCUCUGUUCUCGAUAUGAGCCGCAAUCAUCUCAGUGGAGCCAUUCCAGUAGACAUCAAGAACUGCUCAUCUCUUACCUCUCUGGUCUUGUCUCGGAAUAACUUCAGCGGCUCUAUCCCUUCCUCGAUCGCCAGCCUGUCCAACCUCGAGCUCCUCGACUUGUCGUUCAACAACCUUUCCGGAAGCAUCCCGAACGAGCUCACGAACCUCUCCCACAUCAUCUCCUUCAACGUCUCGUUCAAUCGCCUCGAGGGCGGAAUACCCGUCGGGGGCUUCUUCAGCACGAUCCCCACCACAUCAUUUGUCGGUAACCCUUCGCUCUGCAGGCAAUCCUGCCCUGCAGCCCACCAGAAGCCCCUAGUCCUCAACCCCAACUCAUCCGUAGCCAAUCGUGGCCCACUUUCCCCCGACCUCCGCCAGAAAAGAAUAGUUCUCAGCAUAUCGUCCCUCGUUGCCAUUGGAGCUGCCAUUGUGAUAGCCCUCGGUGUCGUGACAGUGUCGAUCCUCAACAUGCACGCACGCACGGCCGCAGCGCAGGCUCGUGCAGCCCUCGCCUUCUCGGGAGGGGAUGACGUCAGCAUUUCUCACGAGAGCUCGGCCAGCUACGGGAAGCUCGUCAUGUUCUCCAGGGAGGCCGACUUCACGUCAACCGGGGCCCACGGCUUGCUAGCCAAGGAAGCCGAGCUGGGGAGAGGCGGGUUCGGGACGGUAUACCUCACGGAGAUUCAUGGGGGAAAACGGGCCGUCGCGAUCAAGAAGCUCAACACGACGAGCCUCGUCAAGUCUCGGGAGGAAUUCGAGCGGGAAAUCAAGAAGCUUGGGAAAAUCCGGCACGAAAAUCUGGUGGCGCUCGAGGGAUACUAUUGGACCCCAUCUCUGCAGCUGCUCAUAAACGAGUACGUGUCGGGCGGGAGCCUACACAAGCAUCUUCACGACGCGGACGGGACAGGUGGCGGCCUCACGUGGCAGCAGAGGUUUAAGAUAAUUCUCGGUACGGCUAGUGGGCUUGCCGAGCUCCAUCGGUUAAACGUGAUUCACUACAACAUCAAGUCUGCUAAUGUGUUGAUCGAUUCUUGUGGGGAGCCCAAGGUGGGGGAUUUCGGGCUGGCCAGGCUUUUACCGGCUUUAGAUCGUUAUAUCUUGAGUAGCAAGAUUCAAAGUGCAUUGGGGUAUAUGGCUCCAGAGUACGCAUGCCAAACGGUGAAAAUAACUGAAAAAUGUGAUGUUUAUGGGUUUGGGAUAUUAAUGCUCGAGGUUGUGACGGGGAAAAGGCCCGUGGAGUACAUGGAGGAUGAUGUUGUCGUGCUGUGUGAUAUGGUUAGGGAAGCUUUGGACGGGGGAAGGGUAGAGGAAUGCAUUGAUAAGAGGCUUGGGGGGAAUUAUCCGGUGGAGGAGGCUGUACCGGUGGUUAAGCUAGGGUUGAUUUGUGCAUCUCAGGUGCCGUCUAACCGUCCUGACAUGGAGGAGGUGACGAGGAUUUUGGAGCUCAUUCGGUGUCCUGCAGCGAGUCAAGAAGAGCUACUCGAGUGAUUUUAAAAAAUGUCUUUUUUAAUAUAUAUGGUGAUCAUCAGGUGAGAAGAAAUCCAGUUUGUGUGUGUGUGUGUGUUUUCUUUUCUUGUAGGAUGAAGAAGACGGUUGUAGCUGGGGUUGAGUACUUGGACUUCCUAUUAGUUUUUGUUUUGUUUUUUUUUUUCUUUGGGAGUAGGAUAUCUUUAAAAUGUUGCCCAAAUUACUGGAUUUCUGUUCACCGGUGCCAAUUAUGUAGAUGGAUGAAGGUUUUGGUUACAUUGGAGUAAAAUAUUCUUCACUUCAGAUGAUAUUUGUGAUUUAUCUUUGUUUCUUUUGAAACUUCUCAAGAAUACCCUGUGUGAAAAUUGUUUUGGUGCUGAUCUUAAGCAAGAUAGGUUAGUAUUCUAAAAACUUUUGAUGCUUG